AAGGGGAAUGGCACUGCUGUGAGCAGUGAUGUUAGUACGGAGAUGCAACCGUCUGGAAUAAUGUUACUGUUCGUCGCUCCGACGCUCUAUGGAAUGGUAACCUUCCAAAAACCAACGCCAAAUGGUUUCCAUCGCUGAUUCUUUUAGAUGGAUGAUUCAUUCUGCGUGGAGUCGUGGUGGCAAAGGCCAAGAAGCUUGCCGGAAGGUGUGUUCGACGGACGGGACUGUGCUCGCGCUGCCGGUCGAAUCGGGUCCAAGUCAGAAACCAGUUUCUGUUUGCCGGUCGUGGCGUUCGGUCGUGUUUGGUCUGGAGCUCGCGAGACCGUAGUGGUGGUAGUGGGCUGCUCUAGCGAUAAGCGCAGUGUACUGCUGCAUGUCGAAUUCGGCGAGGCGUUUUGUGUCAGUUUUAAUUAAAAUUUUUAUGUACCUCCGAAAACGGUGUUAAUAAUAAUAAAAAAGUGAUAUGAGAAGAUGCGUUGCUGAGAGUAUAACAACAAUAUUUCAGUAAUUGAAGAGUAUAUGUAGACUGGGUCAUUGAAGAAUCGCACAAGAAUGCUCCUGGAAACCUAAAAAAAGUAAGAAACAACUAGAGAGCGAAGUCGGGUGUGCAGAAGAAACAGCAGAAGUAAGUGGGAGAUAAAAUCGAAAUCGAAAAAGAGUGUUCGCUCUCGCUGACUGUUUCGCACGGCCGCGGCGGUCUUUCAAGAAAAGGGCAAAUCAGCAAUAAUAACAACAACAACAGCAAACCACAAGAAACCGGCGAAGAAGAAAAAGCAUCAAAAUAACAAAACCGAGUGCUGAGGAGCCGCGUGAAUAUAUACAACAAAAAAAAUUGAGUGAUAAAAGGUGAAGUGCGAGCGCGGAAGAUAAAGAAAGCGCGGAGAAGGAAGGCGGUAGAAGGCGCGAUUGCAAGAUAUUUUUAUUGAAGAAGUGUGCAGUUCGGAGACGGGUUGUGCGUGUUUCCUCCGCGUUCGUUUGUGCGUGUGUGUUGAAAAUGUGUAAUAAAAGUUCACUUAGUGCGAUCGUGGUCGUUGCACUGUCGGCAUUCUUUGCGUUCGUCGCCGUGGUCGUUCGGGCCGAGUUCCAAUUUACGGUUUUGCCCAAGUACACCCAGGUGUACGAGGGCGAGUCGGUCGUGUUCCAGUGUCGAGCUUUCUUCGACGAUGAGAUCGACUUUUCCUGGACGUUGAACGGCAAUCCCAUCCGACUGGACCGGCGUGUGUAUUUGAAUGGGACCAAUCUGCAUAUAAACGGCGUCUCGCAGUGGUCCGACAGUGGAGAUUACGUGUGCCUGGCGACGGCUCGUUCCUCCGGGGCCCGGGUCGCCACCCCGCCGGCCAAGCUGGACAUCAUCCGAACUUCCGCUCCGGUGGUGCAACUGGUGAAGCACGAAUCGGAAAAGAGCAACGGUGCCAUCGUGCUCAAGUGUCACACGGGAAGCUGGUCGUCCAAUCAUGGCAACGGAAAUGGCAGCAGCGGCAGCAUCAUCAGCUCCGGAAGAGACGACGAUGGAGUUCAUAUCGAGUGGUUCAGAAACAACGAGCGACUCACCAAAUCGGCGCAUAUCGAUUUUCAGCGUCGGAAGCUGCACAUAAAAAAUGCAACAGCCAAGGAUAAUGGCGUGUACGGGUGCCGGGUGGUGAUGCAUCGGGUGGACACCGCCAGUAGUGGAGGAGGGCCAUCGCCCGCGGCCACGAUGACGACGACGAUCGCAAGCGUCAAAAACUACCGGCUCAAGUUGAAGGGCACCACGACGACCGGUAGUUCCGGUAACGGCGUUUCUGGAGUGCAGACUGCUAAUGACAACAGCGCCAAAAUCGACUGCACCAAAAGCCGAAACUCGCUGCUCUGCCGUGGAAAGCGUGGCGAUAAGCUUGUGGUGGCUGCCGCCCUAACCGCCGGAUCCCCUUCGUCUGCGAUGCUGCCCACCGGAGGCCCAUUGCUGGCCCCGGUGAUGUCGUCCUCCGAUGUCCCGGUGCAAAUCGUUGACCAUCCGGUCAACGUGGUUGUUAAUGAAAGUGCCGCGGCUAUUUUUAAUUGCGGCUUCCAGUCACUCGUUGCCGGUGAGUCCGGUCCGUUGGUGCUGAAGUGGCGCAAGGACGGUAAGGUGAUCCGGAAGUGGGAUAGCGGUGUUGCUGCUGCUGCUGGUAGUGCUGCUGCGGAACUGGAUGGAGAGACGACCGAGAGUUCCAUGUAUCGAGAUGAUGGUCGAAUCCACGUGGACAAGAACAACGGUUCGUUGAUGUUCAAUUCAGUCAUUGCCAGCGAUGAAGGCAGCUACGAUUGUCAGGUUACUAAUAAUGGGAGCGAGUUUUUGGUGACAUCCAAUGCUGCCGAACUUCAAAUCAUCUCAAACCUUCGAUUCACUCCGAAGCCGCCAUCAACCAAGAAUCUAGAGCUGGGAUCCGUCGCCAAAAUACACUGCAAAGCUCAAGGAACGCCUGCUCCGUUGGUCCACUGGAGAAUCGAAGGAACCAAAUCGGACCUCCCGGAAUCGGUCGAGGACGUGAACGGGACGCUCACGUUCCGCACCGUUUCCACAGAUCAUCGCGGAAGUUACACGUGUGUGGCUUCCAACAGCCAAGGAGAGAUCACUGCGUCCGUUCAGGUUCACGUGGUUGUCGCGCCAAAGUUUGAAAUCGCCCCGGAAGGAUCGAUCCAGGUGGCCGAGAUGGGAACGGUGUUCAUCCAUUGCGUUGCGACGGGCGACCCAAAGCCUACCGUUCAGUGGGAUAAGGAUCUGCAAUAUCUGCACAGUUCCAACCAGACCGAAGAGGAGCGGUACAGGAUACUGGACAAUGGGACGCUGGUGCUGACCGAGGUGCACCUGGAUGAUGACGGGAACUAUGGUUGUACAAUCGGGAACAGUGCAGGGCUGAAGCGUGAAGAGGUUCAUCUGAUUGUUAAACCUGCCGACAGCAUGCCUCAACCGGAGGAAUCAUCCGAAGACGGUUUCUUGAUCACGCGAGCGGUCCUCAUCACCAUGUCCGUGGCCUUUGCCUACAUCAUCCUAGUGGUGGGCCUAAUGCUGUGGUGCCGCCAUCGUCGGGCGGCCCGUAAGGCCCGCCUUAACAUGAGCUCCAAGGAGAACGGAGACGUAGACCUGAAAAACUGUGAAAUCGAACCGUGCCUACCGGAAAAGUCCUCGCAGGAUGGGUCGAAAUCGAAGGCGAAGUCUGGAAAGUCGGGUCAUCAGAAAACCGGUUCGAAUGUGGAAGGAGGACAGGAGAAGAGCGAUGACACGGUCAACUCGAACAAAUCGAAGAAAUCGAACAGCUCCAGUUCGAUUCUGGAUCAACUGGCGGUUCCGCGAUCCAGUGUGAUCGAUAUGCUCCAGAUAGGUAAGUGUGACUUUGGCGACGUGUUCAUCGGGAAAAUCAAGGAGAACGAUUGCAAAACGGCGAAGGCGGAACCCGUGAAGGAACCUGCCGCGGGGGAUGAAGUGACCCAUGCUUCCAACACCGAAGUAACGACAGAGGACGAGAAGAUCACCAAGAAGCCUUCGAACGAGGAACUGAACGAGAUCAAACCGGAGAACGACUACAAACCGGUGAUGGUGAAAGCGUUGACCAAGGUGAAGGACGAACAUUGCUGUUCGGAAUUCCGGCGGCAGCUGGACCUGUUCCGGACCGUUUCGCACAAAAAUGUGGUGAAGUUGUUCGGGCUGUGCCGCGAUAAGGAUCCACACUACAUGCUGCUGGAAUACACCGAUUGGGGAGAUCUAAAGCAAUUUUUGUUGGCGACGUCGCCAAGCAUUCCGCAAAAUGGUAGCGUCGAAGCGAAGAACGCCAGCAAGCCUCCACCGCUGAACAUACCGCAGAUACUUGCACUAGCUCACCAAAUUGGACGAGGAAUGGAUGCCAUCUACAAGGCCCGGAUUAUUCACAAGGACCUCGCCACGCGCAACUGCAUCAUUAGCAGCGACUUCUCGGCCAAGAUCUCCCUCGCCGGGCUGAGCCGGGACAAGUACAACAAGGAGUACUUCAAGUACAAGAACCAACUGAUGCCGGUCCGGUGGAUGGCCCCCGAGUGUCUCCAGGACGAUGAUUUCUCCAUCAAGAGCGACAUCUUCUCGUUUGCGGUGCUGGUGUGGGAGCUGUUUACCACGGCCACGGAACUCCCGUUCAAGGAGUUUACCGACGAGGAGUACGUCACACAGGCGCAAGCCGGAAAGCUGGAGUGGAAGCUGGCGGACAAGACGCCGGAGAAUCUGCACAAAAUACUGACUUCCUGUUGGUCGGUGAAUCCGAAGGAGCGACCCUCCUUCAGUCAGCUUGUGGUGGCCAUUGGAAACUGCUUGCAAAGCGAAUACCCAAAGGAACCGCCGGCGGCUGAAGUGGCACCGGCAGCAGCAGCGCCACCUCCAGCAGCGGCAGAUUAAAUAGGAUAAGGAGGCCAUUUUUUCUCAAAUCGUGAUCAAACGACGGAACUUUACACAACGACCAGCUUUUCGUUCAAAAACGCGCGAAGCGGAAAGGACUUUUGAUUGGAAUUCUGCUCUUAAUUAGUAAGCUGUAAUAUAUUAGUAUUUAUUGUCAAACAAUUUAGUAUUUAGAAGUCCUGAACACUGAGGCAAAUUCACAUCGUGAAGUGAUGUGGACAAACGUUUGAUUUUAUUGAUGAUUGAAGUUAAGUUGAAUGAAGAAGUUUGAAAAAGUUUGAAUUUGCAAGAUGAGUUUACAUCGAAGACUUACACAUAGGAAAUCGACUGCCGUACACAUAUGAUGAUGGAUCACACGUGUGAUCUGACUGCAUUUAACGAAGAAAUGAAGACUUGAUAAUCUUAUUACCUUUUCUAGUUCGUAAGAUGAUGAAAGCUAUCGCAAACGUACUGUAUUAUUAUUAUUAACCAGUAGUAUUAUACACUUGUAAUUAGUAUGCAGCAAAAUUAAAGCCGUAAGAAUUUUAUACAUCUCUUAUUGAGAUGAUGAAAUACAGAUUGUAGAACUGAAGAAUCAUACAACAAGAAACGGCAUCGCAAUGGAAGUAUGUCUACCUGGAUGUCAGAGGGUACGUGCAAUUCUGAUGUUUGUCGAUACGCUGCCUCCGCCUUUCAACUGGUUUAUGUGCCGUUGCUAAAAUGAUGAGGUUUUUAUCAUGUGUUUUAUCAUAUGGUUCGUGUAACUUAUCCUUCGCGGGAUGCGUGAAACGUUUGCCGUGUAGUUUCCGCCUUGGAAAACUAACUGCUUCUGUUUAGUGGAACAGCAUACCGUCUGUCCCCAUUGGUUUGACCGCGUCUAAUUUGAACACUUUUUAAUUUGACCCCCGCUGAUCUGUACAUCGUUCAAACUAAAAACGGUUCAAAUGUCAUUCUGCUUAUGGAACGGGGUGAAACGGAACGCAGAAUCAAAACAAAACAGUAAAUAAGGUUACCAGAAGUGUGUUUUUCGGUGCCGACAGGGUAACUAGAAGUUCAAAUUAAAAAUGAACCCCGUUGGUUUACAUGAGGUAUCGUUCAAACCAACGGGGGUAGACGGUAUUUAAGUUUUUACACAGGACACGGGAUAUACCACAAUAAAUCAAAUAUUGGUCGCAAUGGUUUUGUCCCUUUUUAUAAAAUCAGAAAUUUUUAAAGUAAUUACAGUUGUUAUGUAAUAAAAUAGCCAGAGAAAGCUGGCUAUCAUCAUAUCCCAACUUACGCAAGUGUUGUGGAAUACCUUGUAUUCCGGAUUUAUUGACCCAUGGCUCGUUAAUGACGGCCACGGUAAAAUUCUCUUUGGAGAAUCCCCAACGGAGCACUCCCAUGGCGCUCUGAGCAUGGUGGAGGUUCACUUGCAGAACUUUAAUAGCCAUUUUCGGGGUUUCCGCCUCUUUUUUUCCGGACGACUGUCCCACUUCUCUUCCCUGUAGCGACCUGGCUCGCCAGUUUUGCCUCUGUGGUUAAGCUGUCGGUUUUUACAUCCCCUUUGCCCUGUUUAGAUUUGAUUUUGUACCACUAGCAGGGGGUUGCAUGCAAGCUUCGAGUUUUUUCCUUUAAAGGUAGACAGGCUAGCCUUUAUGGUGCUUUUGGGGCGAGAUUUACUGACCUCUCCCGAACCGAAGGAUUCCUCCUAAUGUUCUUGGGUCGGCCUUCCAGUCGGCUUGGUGGUAUCGGCACUCGGUUGAUCUGUAGUCUUCCUUAGUUAGAUUUCACUAAAUCGGUAGUUGAGGGUGUAUUUGAACUUCUGCCACUUUUCUAUCGACACACUCUCUACUGUGAAGAUCCAUUCCACAUGAAUUUAUUUCAGAAUGGAUCGUUUCACAAUACGCCAAUUAGUCGUUAUAAUGUAAUUUUAGCUUUCUAUAAGAGUCUUAAUGCGGUCGUCGUCUUAACUGGAGCUUAAUGGGAAGAAUGCUCGAAUCAUCACUGGACGCGGUAUCGCCACUUUAUCCAUUGACAUAAGCUCUGCACCUUCCCAGGGUUUCAUGGAUGGGGAUUUUCUCUUUAACCACACUGAGGCAAAAAUACUUAGGAAGAACAUUAGAACCCCUUAUGAUUUGGCGACACUACGAUUAUUGUUGAAAGACAUACAUUUUGCUUAUGAUUUGAAAGGGGAAGAUCAAUAUCAAGCCGCUUAACGAUAUCUUAAGUUUCUCUUAUGAAUAUCGUUGGAUCAAAAUUAUAACUAUCGUACGUUUGCUCUUAUUGGAUUCAACUUCGAAAACUUACGGAAAUCAAUAAUAACAAUUAUGAAUAUCAUGCCGCAUGUGGAAUAAUAUUCGUAUUUCUAUUUUAUGGAUUUUUGGUGAAUUAAUUUUGUUCAAUCAUGCCAUGUCAUGUUUCUUGAAUUACCGCGUAAGUAAAACGAUCGAUUUCUCCUCAUGAAUCACUUAAAAUAAAAGCGAGUGCACAUUCAUUCAUGGAUGCAAGUUUGCAUGCCCAGAAAUUUGUGGCGAAAAAAAAUGCACUUUCUUCUUUUCGCUUUAAACUCAACAAAUAAACCUGCAUUUCACUUUUAUUAAAACGUGGAAAUCGAUUAAGAGGCCGAUCGUGUUACUUACGUAUUUCAAGAUUUGUCGUUGAUUUUCGAAGAGAGUUUAUCGACACUUGGGAAAUUCAAAUAAUUUGAUUUCAUGUCCGAUAAUUCCGAAAACAGCUCUGUGAGUAAUGGUUGUUCGUCUAAAACGCAGCUUAUUGGAAAUCAUACCAUCACUGUUACAAUUUUCAUAGAUUUUAAUUAUGAUUUUUUCACAACCAUGCCGCUUAUAUCAAUCAUAAAUGUAGCUAUGGAACGCGUGUUCAACAACUAUAAAGUCAAUAAGCGAGUGUUGAAAUAGAAAAACCGCCCGUUCAUAAGUUGCGAGUUAUGAAAUUCCUAAGUAUUUUUGCCUCAGUGCACGCAGCAGUCUUUUGAACCUUACACGGUAAAAAAACUACACGCUCGAUGUAAGGGAAAAAUCACUUAACUAUUCAAUGUCCUAAUCAACAUGAUCAGAAAUGCUUUCUCUUUGAGAUCGCAAUGCUGUCAGUGUUGAUUUGAGGACCAAAACAAACCCAACGGAGAAAUCAACUGAAAAUCCCUUCGAUUUGCACUACUGUAAAAAGCAAUACGAUCCAAAGUGAAAAGUUGUUGAUUUGGUAAUGACUGUCUUGGGCAUAAAAGUAAAUAUAGAUGACAGGUGGUAGAAAGUCCUUCGCUUCGAUUCACACCUCUCCAACAGACGUGAAGUAGUGUAGUGGUUAAACAGUUGAUCGGGACUCUGAAGGUCCUGGUAUCGAAUCUGGCUGCGGCUGAACAUAUUUUUUUUAAAUUCUAGUUUUGAAAUCAAAACAUUGUCAACAACGAAUUGAUGUGAUGUUCCAUUAAAAUUGAAGAGGCAUUGGAUGUUCUUUGUCAAAUGAUAUGUAAUUGAUAACAAACUGAUUGAACAGUAGUGCGAAUUCAAGUGCCAAUCAGUUCAUAUCACAGUGCAGAUUUUUUACCGUGUACAGAUUAGAACCAUCUACAGUAGACGUUCGAUAAGUGCAACAUGUUCACGUUUCAGCUACCGAAUGUAAUUCACUAACUGCAACGACUGACAGCCGUCAGACAGUUGUCUAUUGCUGUUGGACGCAGCCAGAUUGCACUCAAAAACAUCGUAAAACAGCUGUAGUGCAUACGUAAAAUAUCGCAAACUAGAUGUUAGUCACACGCAACGUAUCUAAAUAACAAGGUAAGAUACUGCAACUAUUAUUCUUGUAUUAGUGAGAAAAGGAAAAAAGCAAAAAAUAGUUAUAAAAUUAGUGCAGAUUAGUAUGGGCGCAUGACUAUUUUGCAAACUUUUUUUGAGAAAUUAGGCUCUCACAUCAAAGAGGCAAUUAUUCAAAGGCAUCUCACUAGAUAAAAAUUGACUUCCAUGCAAUAAAUCAGAAAAUAUCGCCAUUUGAAAAUCAAUAACAUUUUUUAAUUGAUUCUAAACAAAUUGAUUGAUUGAUUGAUUGAUUUAUCUUUAUUUGAGAGACUUUCAGCCCUUGGCUGGUUCGUCUCUUUCUAAACAAAGUUUUACAGCAUUUAGAAACGUUCAAACUAAUAAAACUUUACAAAUUUGGUAGAAACAAUGACAUUCUAGAGUAAAAUCACAAACUUUUCAUAACAAACGCAGAUGUGUUAUUGGGUCUCGUUAUUGACAUUUGCGGGAAUAUCUUACCUUGGUAUUUAGAUACGUUGAGUCACACGAACAGUCGCAACAUUGGACUUCUGUACAGUAGACGUUCGCUCGGUGCAAACGGUUUAACUGCAACGCUUUUUAACUGCAAGUCCGCUAAGUGCAACAAUUUUGCAGUUAUCGCACCGCUAUCUGCCAAAAACAAAACGUCAACAGAGUUGCGAUGUUUUUGGAUGCACUACAGAUGCAUUGCGAUGUUUUUCAGUGCAUUCUGGCUGCGUCCAACAGCAACUGACAACUGUUUGGCGGCUGUCAGUCGUUGCAGUUAGCGAAUUUCAUUCGGUAACUGAAACGUAAACAUGUUGCACUUAUCGAACGUCUACUGUAACUAGUUAUUCUAAUGAGUCGGUCGAUAAGGGGUGUCGUACAUCUGGACUAGUAGAUCUAUCGAAACAUGUGCUGCUCCGGGAGGUAGAUUUUGAGGGGCAGAAUAUUUCCAUCUUCUCCUGCGAACUACUGAGUAGCUGAUCUUCGGUAAGGGCAAGUAUUCUCCAUUUCGCUCUCGCAUGACUGAGAGAGGCAGUCGUCACCUUGAAGGUUGAUUGUAGAAUUUUUACUCAUUUUUAGUCCCACGAGUAGCUAGGGAAAUAAAUGUCCGCUGCACCGCCGUAGUGCAGUAAGGACUGCUUACUGGGGUGUUGCACCCCAGGCUGCAUUCGCGGUUACGCAUGUUUAGAACCCCCUCAACCAUUCGGCACGGGUCGCUUGACACCUUGGCAUUGGGGCUUAUCCAUUUUUGCUUUACAUGAUGGCCAUGACUAACAGCCAUCGCAACCUUCCUCUUUUACCAGGGCUUAGCACCUGUCUGUACCUCAAGUUCUCAAUAGUAUCAUGAUCUCUCGGAUAUGCAACUAUGGAGGACCAUCAUUGCUAGUGGAGUAGCUCCCAUGGUUUUUUGUUUUACAACUCCACCAGAAAUUUCUUUCAAAGUUUUGCAGGAGAUACUAGAAUACCUUCUGUAAAUAUUCAGAAAUCUUCUUCUUCUUAGCGUCACAUCACAACUGGAACAAAGCAUAUAGCUUGAACCCUACAAAUGUUCAGUUCAGUUUCCAUAUCGGACCCCACGUUUGAGCACUCAGAUACGGAAAUAAAAUAAAACAUUACAAGUGCCCAUUCACAAUCGUAACACACUUCAUGCAAUAAUCGAAGAAUUUUCCAUGAAUUGGAGAAAGCAAUUCAUGGAAAAUUCAUCAAACUACUUUACAGACGUAACUAUUCUCUAUGACCAAGGAAGUCAUGAAAAUUUCCUUUACGAAAAGUUUCUGCACCGACCGGGUAUCGAUCCCAUCACCCUCAGCAUGGUCUUUCUUAAUACCCAUAUGUUUUUCAGAGAUACUUCCUAGCAUUUUUCAAGAGUUCUUUAUGUCAUAUAUCUUGAGUGUUCUUUGAUGAUUCCUUUCAGGGUUUUCCUCAGAGUUUUUUCCAGUUUUUUUUGGUUUUCUCUCGGAUUUUCAUUCCAGUUUUUCUCAGUGUUUCUUUGCGAUAUUUUUUUUCGAUAUUUAUUUCACCUGCUUCCUCCUGUGAGUGGAAUUCCGAAUCUCAGAAGAAUUUUUAAAGUUUUUUUUUUUGAGAAUACAGCUAAUUUUUUUAUAAAAAAAGAGGACCACACAUAUUUGGAAAAUAUCGGGAGAUCUCUAAAGUACCGAAAUUUACAAAUAUUCCAGGAUAAACUGAGGAAGCAAUUUCCUGAGAAAUCUCAAAUGAAAAAAUAAGAAAAAAUCUUGUAAAUUUGUAUGAAACUAAAACGGAACUUCGAAUGGGAGAUUCAUUGGGAAAGACUCCUUCGUCUGGAGAUCGUUCCGAAUUUUCUCCCACUGCUCCUGAUGUAAGCUUUCCUGGAAAUGCUUUCAGGAUUCAAAUAGUUCUGGAUGAAUUGCCCAGAGUAAUUACAGGGGAAAUCCUGAGAAAAAAUCCUAGACAGAUCGAGUAAGGGUGCAUCUCUGGAAAAAUCGUGAGGAAAACUCCAUUAGAAAUUGCAGGAAUUUCUUUUGGUAUUCAUCCUGAAGUUCUCUAGGAUUUUCUUCUUUAUUUCUACCGGAGUUCCUCGAUUUCCCCUGGAAUUUUUUAAUGAUAUCUUUUGCAGUUUGUCGUAGGCAAUCGUCUUCUUUUUCUUAUUGGCGUAAUGCCCGACUCCAGAGGCAGGCUAUCCUUCAUUUGGGAAAUUUGUGCCAUGGGUUUUCAUCUUGGUGAUCUAUGAGCACUUCCACAGCUCGUAACUGAGAGCUUUCUCUUCCAAUGACUAUUUUGCUUUUGCAUUUGUAUGUAUAUCAUGUGGCACGUACAAAUAGGAAGUCAAGGAAAUUUCCAUUCUUCGACCGACCGGGAAUCGAACCCGUUGCCCUUAACAUGUGGUCAUGCUGAAUACCCACGCAUUUACAGCUGUAACUAUACAUAUUGGUCCUUCUAUUGUAGAAUAUCUGGCUUUGAAAAAGAUAGCUUAUUCUAAACGUUUGUACCCCACUAAUUUGGGUAAAUUCGGGCUUGCUAGCGUAACAUUUUCACACAACGGACCGUUUGUGUAUCUGAAUGCAAGCUUUGUGUGUCUUUAAACGUUCGUUGCGAGACUAAGCAAACCAAGGAUAUAUUUUGGCACAGUUUGAUAAUCUUGAAGGUAUGGAUCCUGGCUGUAAAAUUUCAUGUGACACUUCUCAGGUUGGUAUCAGCGAUAUCAACUAUGUCAUCACCAAGUGUCACUUUUAGAAUCUAGAAUACCUUUUAUUUAUGCUUAUAUCGUGGUAUUGAAUAUAGUUAUUUAUUUUAUUGUUAUACUUUAUUAACGACACUUUACCACAUGCUGUUGUCAUUCGUGCUCAGCAUCGAAUAGUGGUUAUAGAUAUACAUGUAAUAGGAUCAAAGCGCGUUGUUGAUCAAAUAUCUGAAUCAACUACCCCUGACAUCAAAUCCAAUCUCUAAAGAGCGCCAAGUAAAAGAAAAGCAUCGUUAUCGCACAGACUUGAAAACACAUCAAAUCACACAACUAUGAUCGACUGCCAAGUAAAGACAGAUAUAUGCUACAUUAUUCAAUAGCGUAGAUAUGAUCAAACAAAAUGUAUAGAAUAUUGCAAUUUAUUCAGAGGCAAAUAUCAAUCAACUAUCAAGUAACACUUUCAAAGUAUAAUACCACUCAAUGUCUGAAGUAGAGGACCAGCUUUUCGGCAUAUCUAAUAGCUACCAGAAGCAACCCAUUGUUGAAGCAUAUUAUUGUUUCCCAUUCUUGCCUUACGCUUCCUGUUGCAUUGCAUAGAACAUUUUAAACUCGUACGCAAUUUCUUCUAAUCGAUCUCGUCUCUUGUAGCUAUCCCAAAUCUAUCAUCUGGAAAGUCAUUUUCAUUACCUAUGAAUUAUUAUUCAGAAUCACCUACAUAAUACACUUUUAAGAAAAGUUAGCCCGUAAUCAUUAUGAUAAUCAAACGCGCAGCAGAAAAUGAGGAAGCUUCCAAACAUAACAUAAUCCAACUGGUGCAUUAUAAGUCUUCAUUAUACCAUAGAAAACCGAAAACAUUAAAGCUCAUUAAUUCGUGUAUAGUAACAAACCUAAACUCAGAACCAGAAACGAUGCAUUUGUCUUUACAAAGUCGGAACCGCAUUUUGGCUUCGGCCAAAUCCGCGGCAAAACCCGAUUCAUUUCUACACAUAAAACACUUAUUACAAAUAGGAUGUAAGCAAACAUUUCCAGAAUACUCAAACGACAACCGCGCAGGUGUUGAAAUGUUCGGAUAAAGAGUACCCUCGAGGGAUCGGAAAAUCAAUAAAGUGAUAAACAUCGAUCGAUGAAAGCUGCUUCCAAGGCAAACCGUGCAGUGUAGCGACGUAAGAUUCUGUUUUUGUGUAAAUAGUAACAUAUCAGUUUUCGUAUAAGUUAGGAGGGCGUGGUCGCCCGUUUUGAGUUUCAGUGAUUGGAUAAGCGGUUUCUUGUCUCGAACGAGUCAUAAUCUUGCAGUGCUCUAUAGAAUUCUUUGUAUUUAAGAUGAUAAGUUUUUCCUUUGGCCCAGAAAGAACAGCAACAAAAUAUGGUCUAGUCAUUUGAAAGGCGAAGAAAAUUCGGUCAAUUUUAGAAGGAAGAAAAGGUUUUUUUUUACGAAACACACUUUUUCUUGAAAAUUUGGUGAAUUCUAUCGUAAUGUUUGAAGAUUUUUUUUUUGGUAUUUCUUUCAGAACGAUGUUCAGAAUUUUGUAUUGUUGACAAAAAGUAUAUAGUUAAGAAUCAAUUUGCUGCUAGGAACGGCUAAAAGGCGAAUAAAUGGAAAAUGAAUGCUUAAGUGAUCUAUGUACGUGCAAAGGUGUUUGAUCCGAACCGCAUCCCUCUAUUUCAUGUGUUACUUAUUUUAUGCUGCAGCUCAAAGAAAUGAUU